AUGACGAGAGAGGAGGGCGGUGGCGUCUCGGCCACGAAGACGGCGGGCAAGAGGACGGGCGAUGCGCCGCGGGUGCGGUUGCCGCUCAUCCAUUACAACCCGAUCGUUGCAAAGAUCCUUCCAAAGAACCCUUACAGAGGGUACCUUCCUUUCAGCCCGGCGCUUCAAGACGUCAGAAACGUUCCGGAGCUCGCCGCUCGGGGCGUCACGCAGGAGAUGUAUGCGCGCAUCUUCGUUCACGCCCUCGCGCACGUCCCGGGAUUCCAGCUGAAGGAUGACGAUAGGUAUUGUAUGACUUUGGAUCUAGAAGGACUUCGCCAAUGCUGCACUUGCAUGUUCUGUCCCCCCUGCUUUGCCCUGGGCCUGUGCCAAGCGUACAUGAAUGAGACUCGCAUGCAAGCAGUGUAUGAAAGGGAACUUCGCGCUUGGCAGGAGAACGCCACCGCGCAGCUGCGCACCGUCAUCCCCGGCGCCGUCGUGAAGACGCAGGAGCGUAUCGAGUGUGAUUUAGUCAUGCAUGAAUACGUUGAGCAGGGCAAGACGAGGGUGUCCGAAAACUUCAUGCCGAGAAUCGCCGAACGGGUCGUCACUAUCGCCCUGACCCCGGCGGAAGGUUUGCUGCUGCAAGACGAGCCUCACCUCACCGGCGAAACUGAUCGCGCCGGCAACUGUUGUCCAUGCGGGAUCAGUUUCUCGUUAUUAGAAUGCCACAGAUUCCCUAACGGUGCAGUCAAGAUCGGAGGGAUUUUGUCAUGUUGUUGUUGGGUCACGGUCAAGCCUGGCGCGCCGGAGGGCAUGGACUACUACGAGUGGAGCAAUGAUAAACGAUGCGCCACGGCGUUGAGGCAGAUGUAA